GCGCAUGCGCUUCUCCCGCCAGGUGUGAGCUACGCUACCCGCCUGUGGCCAGUCGGUCUCGAAGCUUCACAGCGGAAGGACGUCAUCACAUGUUCUCUCGCUUCGCAUGAAUGGGAAGCGACCUGUAGACGCCAGGAUCCCAUAAAACCCCUCUCAGCACAGGGAGAAUACUCCAGUGAGCCACUAAAGUGUUGGAGCAUGGCAGGGGAGGCGGACACGAGGCUCCAGGAGAGCACAAUGGAGGUGCCAGAGGGGAUGCACCCCGCCUGCAAGUCUCGCCUGAUGCGGUGGCGUGUGGUGGGGGCGGUGCUGGCCUUCCUGGUGGUGCUGGGCUGGGUCUUCAUCAUCGUGGUGCUCAUCCUGAAGGAGAAGUGGCAGCUGGUGCUGGUGGCCUGGCUCCUCCUCUACUCGGCCGCCCACUUCUGCUACUGGUACUGCAAGCGCCAUAGCCUCCUCACCCUCCAUAGACAGAUCCGCCUGCGAGUGCUGGCCCACAUCCGGCCCGCCGAGGCCGGAGAGAAGCUCGACGAUUGUCCGCCUACUUACGACGAAGUGAUGAAGACGGAGGCUCCUCCCCCGGCCUACUUCACCGUCGUCACGGAGACCGUCAAGCUCGCCACACUGACGUCGGCGAUGUCCUCGGUCACUCCCCCGGUCUACGUGACCUCCGUCAGCAGCCAGCUGCAGCAGGCCGUGGGCGCAGCGGCACGGGAGUACCUACAGUGUCCCCCGGCGUACCAGAGCCCCAGGCACUUCCGGAGAAUCACGCCAAGAAUACUGCCCACCGUGCACGAGGCCCGGCUGCCCACUGACACUGCCGUCACUGCCACUGCCGCAGCCACGGCCGCCGUCACCGCUGCGGCAGCUCUUGCCGCAGUCUCUCACAUAGGGGGUGUUGCGGAUUCGGAAACGCUAGAGGACCCCAUCAGAGGCCCCAUCGUCAGGCACCUCCGGUCGACGACGAUAGCCACAAUGGAAGUCUCGUCAUCUGAAGAGGUCUCCUCUGGGCCCUCGACCUCCUCUCCGUCAGUAACAAGAAACGUCAAAGAUCAAAUUUGUGAAAUUGAUCAUCAAACGCCAUCUUCUGUCCAAAAUUGUCCCUAAUUGUUUGUAUAACAAAUUAUUAAUGUUUAAUAUAAUGUUGCGGGUGUUGACCAAUGUACAAAUUUGAUGUAGAUUGCGACUAUGUACAAACA